AUGGAAGACCAGAACCAAGCUUAUGGCCAGAUGAACGCCACAAACAAUUCUGCAAGCGGUGCCGAACACACCAACCAAAGCCAACCGCAAAAGAUCGAAGACCAAGAACGCCCUGAAGGUCGCCUUUCAACCACUCAGGAGCAGCCUGAACGAGUCAGGUCCCAUCUAGCGAACCUUCCCCCAAGCGCUUCCACCAAUACCCACCACGCGCGCUUCUCAAACGCCAAGAGCCUCGAUUCGGCACCUUCAACCACACCCCCACCUACUGAGUGGGAGAAAUAUUUCGAGGCUAGGUCCUCCCGCAUCCGCAAGGAACGAGAGAGGAAAGCGGCAAGCACUCAGCGUGGGCCCGGGAGCUACUGGCAUGAGCUGCUGCAGGAAUACCGGGACAUUCCUCCUCUUCAUGAAGAAACGGAGGAGGACCGACUUCAGUCGGAAAUCAUGAGCCGGAAGAAAAGGGACCUAAUGGAAUCCCGCUCCAACGGUUCUGGAAAAAGGUUUCGCUUUUGGGAAAGGUGA